ACAGAAAUAAUAAAAAGGAACAAAUCUUGCAUACGUUUGCUCUUAAUUGCAAAACAGAACAUUGUAAUGAACAUAAAUAUUCUCCACCAUAUCUUACAAAAGCUUUUUACAAUAAAAUCUCCACCUUUUAAGGAGAACCACCUAAAAUCAAGAUGUUAAUGAUCUCUAUAUAUAUACUCAUUAGCAGGUGUUGUAAAUUCCAUGGCAAGAGUUAAGAUGGAAGACCUAACUGCUGUAAUAAGUCGAGAUUUCUGUGUUCCACAGCGCGUUAAUCUCACUGUCGUGAGGAAACUGCUAGCCGUCACUGACUGCAACUUUGAGGUCAUUGAUGAGGAUGGCAAUAUCAUGUUCAAGGUGAAGCAGAAACUUUUCAGCCUUCACGACCGCCGCAUUCUCCUGGAUGCUGGAGGCACUCCCAUUGCCACUUUAAGGAAAAAGCAUUUGAGUGCACGUAAGAGGUGGCAGGUUUUCAAGGGAGAGAGCUCAGAUUCUUCUCAGCUUCUCUUCACUGCAAGAAAAUCUUCACUUGUUCAACUCAAGACUGAGUUAGACAUAUUUCUGUCUGGAAAUGAGGACGAAACUUCAUGGGAUUUUAAGGUGGUUGGAGGCUGGUUGGAGAGAUCAUGCAUCAUAUACUCCAAGGGCUGGAACCACAUUGCCAAGGUAAAAUCUUUCACACAAAUUCGCGUGUCAUUGGAUUUGGAAUUCUCGUCACGUUUCUGUUUUUGUUCGUCUGCAGAUGCACAAGAAGCACACACUCGAGAGCGUUGUGUUGGGGAAGGAUAUGUUCAGCGCGACUGUUUACCCGAAAGUUGACAUCGCCUUCAUCACUGCCCUUGUUGUGAUACUAUAUGAAAUCAACAAGGACAAAGAUGAUUGAUGAUGUUUGACCUAUAUGUGUAGUUCCAUUUAUGUUUGCUUGAAUAAUGAAUUCUUGAAAUUAUGCA